AUGUCCAUAUCAGAAGGGAUUCUAGAAAAGAUACAGAGAGAAACUGCUAAGGAUGAGACAUUUCAGUCGUUGCAGAAAGUGAUAGUCCAGGGAUGUCCAGAAGAGAAAACUCAGCUGGAAGAAGAGGCAAGACAAUUCUUUUCUGUAAGAGAAGAGCUCAGUGUGCAAGAUGGAGUGAUUUUUAGAGGAGAGAGAGCUCUAAUACCAGCAAAGCUGAGGACCGAGAUUGUGGAGAGAAUUCAUGCAUCACACUUAGGCAUUGAAAGCGGCUUGCGCAGAGCAAGAGACUGUGUAAACUGGCCUGGGAUGAGUACUGCUAUUGGAGCAUACAUCGAGAAAUGUGCUGUUUGCAGAACUAUGGAUGUACGACAGCAGAAAGAGACUAUGUGUACACAUGACAUUCCUACGAGGCCUUGGGCAAAAGUGGGAACAGAUUUAUUCUCAUUUAACAACAGAGCAUAUCUCAUCACAGUUGACUAUUUCUCCAACUUCUGGGAAAUUGAUUGUCUCCCUGAUACUAGCUCAGGAGCAGUGAUACACAAGUUAAAGGCCCAUUUCGCACGACACAGCAUUCCAGACACAAUAAUCUCCGAUAACGGGCCACAGUACGGCUCUCAGGAAUUCAGACAGUUCAGCACUGCUUGGGAAUUUAGACAUGUGAUGUCAUCUCUGGCAUAUUCGCAAAGCAACGGCAAAGCCGAGUCUGCAGUAAAGAUGGCCAAACAGCUCAUGGAAAAGGCAAAGAGAGCAAAGACUGACCCAUUGUUAUAUAAGGUCUGCAAGAUGUGA